AUGACCUCUCCCCGCGAGCGGGGUGCCGAUCUGGCCCGAUUCUACACUGUCACGGAGCCCCAGCGACACCCGAGGGGCUACACGGUGUAUAAGGUCACCGCCCGGGUUGUUUCACGAAGAAAUCCAGAGGAUGUCCAGGAGAUAAUCGUAUGGAAGAGAUACAGUGACUUUAAGAAACUGCACAAAGAACUAUGGCAAAUUCACAAAAACUUAUUUCGACAUUCAGAAUUGUUUCCUCCAUUUGCUAAAGGAAUAGUGUUUGGACGAUUUGAUGAAACUGUUAUUGAAGAGAGGAGACAGUGUGCUGAAGAUCUGCUGCAGUUCUCUGCCAACAUUCCUGCUCUUUAUAACAGUAAACAGCUUGAAGAUUUUUUCAAGGGUGGGAUAAUCAGUGAUGGCUCUGAAUUGAUCGGUCCCGUUGAAGCUUAUCCAGAUUCCCUCACUGAUAGCUUUCCUGAGUGCAGCACAGAAGGUUUCUCCAGUGACAGUGAUCUGGUAUCUCUUACUGUUGAUGUGGAUUCUCUUGCUGAGUUGGAUGAUGGAAUGGCUUCCAAUCAAAAUUCUCCCAUCAGGACUUUUGGUCCCAAUCUUCCUUCAGAUUCUUCAGCACUAGGAGCUGUUUUUUCUGACAGUGAACAGAGCAAAACAGAAGAAGAACGGGAAAGUCGUAGCCUUUUUCCUGGCAGUUUAAAAUCCAAGCUUGGCAAGAGAGAUUAUUUGGAGAAAGCAGGAGAAUUAAUAAAGCUGGCUUUAAAAAAGGAAGAAGAAGAUGACUAUGAAGCUGCCUCUGAUUUUUAUAGGAAGGGAGUUGAUUUGCUCCUGGAAGGUGUUCAAGGAGAGUCAAGUCCCACCCGGCGAGAAGCUGUGAAGAGAAGAACUGCAGAAUAUCUCAUGCGAGCAGAGAGUCUCUCUAGCCUUUGUGCGAAACCUCAACUUGAUGAUGUGUCUCAGCCUCCAGGAUCACUAAGUUCAAGGCCCCCUUGGAACCUAAGGAGCCCUGCCGAGGAGCUGAAGGCCUUCAGAGUCCUUGGGGUGAUUGACAAGGUUUUACUUGUAAUGGACACAAGGACAGAACAGACAUUUAUUUUAAAAGGUCUAAGGAAAAGCAGCGAAUGCAGCAGGAACAGAAAGACCAUCGUCCCCCGCUGUGUGCCCAACAUGGUGUGCCUGCACAAGUACAUCAUUUCCGAGGAGUCAGUAUUUCUUGUGCUGCAGCACGCAGAAGGUGGCAAACUCUGGUCAUAUAUCAGUAAGUUUCUCAACAGAAGUCCUGAAGAAAGCUUUGACAUGGAAGAAAUGAAAAAGUCUUCAGUUGCUAAAGUUCACCUGCAACAGCCGACUUGUAGUCCCCAGGACAGCACCAGCUUUGAAUCCAGAGGAAGUGAUGGUGGAGCCACUCUCCAAGUUCUGCCUUUGAAGACUAGCCUUACUCCAAGCUCUCAGGAUGACAGCAACCAAGAUGACGGUGGGCAAGACAGCUCUCCAAAAUGGCCAGACUCUGGCUCAAGUUCCGAAGAAGAAUGUACUACUAGUUAUUUAACAUUAUGCAAUGAGUAUGGGCAAGAGAAGAUUGAUCCAGGGUCUUUGAGUGAGGAACCUUUCAUGAAGACUGAAAGGAAUGAUGUUGAUACCAAAGCUAUAGAAAACUUCCCAGGACAGCUUGCUACUGACAGCGACAGCCCCAGCAGACAGCUGAAGUUCUUCCCUGGAGAUGAUGGCCUUGAAGCAGCUAGUUCUCCAAGAACAUCAGAUUCCCUCAGUAGAUCUAAAAACAUCCCCAUGGAAUUCUUUAGGAUAGAUAGUAAGGACAGCACUAGUGAACUCCUAGGACUUGAUUUUGGAGAAAAAUUGUAUAGUCUAAAGUCAGAACCUUUGAAAUCGUUCUUCACUCUGUCGGACGGAGAGAGCACUCCCAGGAGUGUUAGUACUAGUGAAAGCAAAGUAGAGUGUAUAGCUCAGGACACUGUUAGCAGGGGCUCAGAUGACUCAGUCCCCGUUAUUUCUUUUAAAGAUGCUGCUUUUGAUGAUGUCAGUGGUACUGAUGAAGGAAGGCCUGAUCUUCUUGUAAAUCUACCUGGUGAACUGGAGCCAAUGAAAGAUGGCGUGGCAAUGGGACCUACUAAGUUCACACAGACUAAUAUAGGCAUAAUAGAAAGUAAACUGUUGGAAACCCCUGAUGUUUUAUGCCUCAGGCUCAGUACUGAACAGUGCCAAGCACAUGAAGAGAAAGGCACAGAGGAACUGAGUGAUCCCUGUGGGCCUAAAGCCCAUAGGAUAACAGAGAAACACUACAUACAGGGGGAUCUUGGGAUGUUAUUUUUACCGGCUGUUGAUCAUGGUGAUACGGGAGACGUGUCUUUGUUGCACAGUUCAGGGUCUAAGUUCCAAGGACUUAGCCUGGGUGAGUCACCAGGAACCGCAGACAGCACAGAAGAAAGCUCAUUCCACAUUUCUGACCCGCUCUCAGGUGCUAAUGAAUGUGACGCAAAUACAGACACUUUAAAAACUGAGGAAGUCUUGCUGUUUACAGACCAAACUGAUGAUUUGGCUAAAGAGGAGCCCGCUAUAUUUCAGAGAGACUCGGAGCCUAAGGGAGAGAGUGGGCUAACACAAGAAGGAGACAAGGAAAUACAUCAGAUUUUUGAGGACCUUGAUAAAAAAUUAGCACUCAACUCCAGGUUUUACAUCCCGGAGGGCUGCAUUCAAAGAUGGGCAGCUGAAAUGGUGGUAGCCCUUGAUGCUUUACAUAGAGAGGGGAUUGUGUGCCGCGAUUUGAACCCAAACAACAUCUUAUUGAAUGAUAGAGGACACAUUCAGCUAACGUAUUUUAGCAGGUGGAGUGAGGUUGAAGAUUCCUGUGACAGCGAUGCCAUAGAGAGAAUGUACUGUGCCCCAGAGGUUGGAGCGAUCACGGAAGAAACUGCAGCCUGCGAUUGGUGGAGUCUGGGUGCUGUUCUCUUUGAGCUUCUCACUGGCAAGACUCUGGUUGAGUGCCAUCCAGCAGGAAUAAAUACUCACACCACUUUGAACAUGCCAGAAUGUGUCUCUGAAGAGGCUCGCUCACUCAUUCAACAGCUCUUACAGUUCAACCCUGUGGAGCGGCUUGGUGCUGGAGUUGCUGGUGUUGAAGAUAUCAAAUCUCAUCCAUUUUUUACCCCUGUGGAUUGGGCAGAACUGAUGAGAUGA